UUCAUGAAGUUGCAAAUGUGUGUGGACACAAGACGACGUAACAUUCAUUCUUGCAAGAUGUUCAAGCAAACAUGUACCGAACUAUUGAAAACAUCCAAUGAAAUCAUCAAUGAAUGGUUGAACUCAUUUGACACUGUAUUGACGGAUUGCGAUGGUGUUCUAUGGGUAAUGAAUCAUCCGAUACACGGUUCGCCCGAAGUGGUAAAUCGUCUGCAAGAGUUGGGCAAGCGUGUGUAUUUCAUCACAAAUAAUUCGACAAAAACACGAGCUGGUUUCCUCGAGAAGGCACAAACGAUGGGCUUCAAUAUCACCGAAGAAGGGAUUAUUUCAACGUCAUACGCUGCGGCCAAAUACUUGCAAAAGCGGCAAUUCAACAAAAAGGUCUAUUUGAUUGGCUCAUCGGGCAUUGCAGAGGAAUUGGAUAGUGUUGGUAUUGCACACACUGAACCUGGGCCAGAUGUCAUAAAAACCUCUUACUUUGACAUGUUGAGAGAAUUUAAAGUCGAUCCCGAAGUGGGUGCCGUUAUUGUUGGUUUUGAUGAGCAUUUCAGCUUUCCAAAAAUGAUAAAAGCCGUCAAUUAUCUGAACGAUCCGAAUUGUUUGUUCAUCGGCACAAACACCGAUGAACGUUUCCCAUCAAAAAUGGGCAUUGUUCCAGGUACCGGAUCGAUUGUACGGGCCGUACAAACAUGUGCCGAACGUGAACCAAUUGUUAUGGGCAAACCAAAUGUUUCCAUUUGCGAUUCAAUCAUUGACAACAUCAUUCCGGAACGAACACUUAUGAUUGGCGAUCGCGCUAAUACUGACAUUUUACUCGGCACCAAUUGCGGUUUCCAAACGAUGCUCGUCGCAACCGGCGUUCACCACUUAAACGACGUGCACAAAUGGCGCAAAAGCAAAGAUAAUGACGAUAAAAAACUCAUACCCGACGUAUUUCUACCAAGACUCGGCGAUCUGUUACCAUACCUAAACGAAUUUGUUGGUAAUACCAAUGGAAAAAACAAUUGCAAUAAAGAUAGACACAAAAGAGAUUUCGUUCCUCGAAGAAACGGCGGAAUUUCAAUGAACAUGUUUAAGGAUAGUGCAACAAAUCUACACAAUAUUUCCGUGGACAAAGGCAUUGAAUGGCUGCAAACAUUCGAUACAGUGCUCAGUGAUUGCGAUGGCGUUCUUUGGCUGAACAACAAGGCGAUUGACGGCAGUGCAGCGGUAUUGAAUCGAUUGCAAGAGAUCGGCAAACGUGUAUUUUUUGUAACAAACAAUGCGACCAAAUCCCGUGACACAUAUGUAAAAUUGGCGCGUGAACGUGGCUACAAUAUCACAAAAGAGCAAAUUAUCACACCGAUUCUGGCCACCGUCAGCUACUUGAAGAGCUUAAAUUUUGAUAAGAAAAUUUACACAAUCGGACGAUCGGUCAUCGAUGAACUCAAAACGUACAAUAUUUAUUGUGUUGACGAAACAGAUGACGAGCUUAUUAACACGCACUAUUCAAAUGUUACGUUAGACACAUUGAAUUUGGAUCCGAAUGUUGGUGCCGUUUUAGUGAAUUAUGAUCAUAAUUUUCAUUAUUCGCACAUUUUGAGGGCGAGCAAUUAUUUACGAGAUCCGAAUUGCCUGUUUUUGGCCAGCUGCAUGGACGAUCGCAUUCCAUCCAACAGCAAAAUGGUUGAUUUCAAUGGUAGAAUGGUGAUACCGGGCAUUUCGCCUAUAGCACGGGCCAUUGAAGCAUGCUCAUUUCGGAAAAUCAACAAUCUAGGCAAACCAAAUCCAUCCAUUUGCAAAACAUUACUUAGCGAUGGCCUCACAAAACCAACAAGAACGUUGAUGAUCGGCGAUAAUUGCGCCACCGAUAUCCUUUUGGGAAGAAACUGCGGCUUUCAGACACUUCUCGUUGGCAGCGGAAUGCACGGGCUCAAUGACAUUGAACGAUGGCAAAACAGUGAUAGCGAUGAAGAUAAACGCUUAAUACCCGACACUUAUAUCAACAAACUCGGCGAUUUGAUGACUUUUCUACAAUGAUCCACACCUAUCUGUCUCUCACUGUGUUUGUGUACGCGUGCAUGCGUUUUGUGUGUGAUGUUUUUUUUAAAUAUCUUUUUUUUGUGACUCAAACAAAACUCUACUGAUUAAUGACGACAUGAGAAAUUUGUAACUGUAAUAUUUUUUUUUGGGAUUGUUUUACUUUUGAAAUGAGAGGAACAUACGAGAAAUGACGAUAAAUCAAAGUAAAAUUAUGAUGUAUUUGUUACCAACCACGUGAAAAAAAAAAACAAAAUAAGAAAAAUAGAAAUAAUAAAACAAAA